AAGAUUUUGAACUGACGGGCUGUGAAGAAGAACUUCGCUGAAAGUUUUCACAGUUUAUUGUGAUCUAAAUUUCAUCUGGCUGAGGAAAUGGCAGCGGAAAACUCGCUUUCCCAAGCGAACGCGACUUUUUGCCUGGAUUUGCUGAGUCGUUUGGGAAGCGCAGAUAUGAGAGGCAACGUCAUCUUCUCCCCGUUCAGCAUCUCCUCCGCUCUGGCGAUGGUGAUGCUCGGAGCCAAAGGCGACACUCGGAACCAGAUGUCAGAGUGUCUAAGAACUCAGGCCUGUCAGGAGGGCGUUCACGCCAGCUUCAGGAAACUGCUGCACAACAUCGGCAACAAGGAGCCCAUGUAUUCACUCUGUGUUGCCAACAGGCUGUAUGGAGAGCAGUCCUUCCAGUUUCUACAGGGCUUCCUGUCAUCAUCCAGAGAGUUCUAUGAGGCGGAACUGGAGCCUGUGGACUUCAGGACAAAGUUCGAGGCAGCCAGACUCAACAUCAACAGCUGGGUGGCAAACAAGACCGAAGGUAAAAUUAAGGACCUGCUGUCCCAAGGUUUGGUGCGGAGCAUGACCACGCUGGUGCUGGUCAAUGCCAUCUACUUUAAAGCCAUGUGGGAGAAGGAGUUUCUCGGAGAAGACACUAGCGAUGGCUUGUUCAGAAUCUUCCAGACUGAGAAAAGACCCAUCAGACUGAUGACACAGCAGUCUACCUUUCCUGUAGCCAUCAUCCCUGAGCUCAACUUCAAGAUCCUGGAGUUGCCCUACAAAGGAAACGAUCUCAGCAUGCUGAUCUUUCUCCCUGAUGAAAUUGAGGACAACUCGACUGGACUGGAGAAGCUUGAGAAGGCACUGACCUAUGAGAACUUUGUGAAGUGGACUCACCGUGAUGUGAUGAAGCCCAUGCUCGUAUCUCUCCACCUGCCUAAAUUCAAGAUAGAAGAAAAGUACGACAUGAAGAAUGUUUUGAUCAGCAUGGGGAUGGUCGAUGCAUUUGACCCUUCGAGAAGUGAUUUUUCAGGGAUGUCACCAGACAAAGACCUUGUAGUGUCUGACGUCGUCCACAAGGCUUUUGUGGAGGUGAAUGAGAAGGGCACUGAAGCGGCUGCUGCCACCGCUGUUAUAAUGGCACUGGGUUCUUGCAUGUCCGACCUUUACUUCACAGCAGAUCAUCCGUUCCUCUUCUUCAUUCGACACAACCCCACCUCAAGCCUUCUCUUCACUGGUCGCUUCUGUUCACCAGAGUGAGCUCAGCAGUGCUCCCAAGAGGUUAUGUUUAAUCACGUGACACGCUCUCUGGAGCAGUUAUUCAUGUUUAAGUGCACAUGAAUCCACUUUUUAAUAACCUGUACUUUUUUUAUAAAUCAUAUAUAAUCCAGUAAUAUUUUCCUCUUAAUUUUUUGUGAUCAUUUCAUUGUAUUUUAUUUCUCAUGUGUGAAUAUUUGUGUGCGAGUUAUUGAUGCUAGGAGAUGAUGGAGGGCAGGAUGGCACGUUGUAGGGGGUCUAUAUACAGUAUGAUCUGCAUGUUUGUUUAUGAAAGUGGAAAAGUGUAAAUAAAAAUAGAUAAAAAAACAACCUCUUCUGAUCAAACUUAUGUGACAUGAGUUCACAGAGAUCAUAGAGACUGUCUGGCAUUAAA